AUGUCUGAUCAAGUUACCAUUACCGACAAGCAAACACAUCAGCUUGUCGAUAGAGUCAAAUCUCACUUCAGCUCCAAUGACUCUAGAUAUCUCAUAUCCUUGGCCGGGGUCCCAGGCGCAGGAAAGACUACGUUUGCAAGUACGAUGGCAGCACUGUUGACAAAAGAAGUUGCUCCAACCAUCGUUCUAUCCCAAGAUGGAUUUCACUUGUACAGAUCCGAGUUGCAAGCUAUGCCCAACGCGGAAGAGGCAAUAAGACGCAGAGGAGCACCCUUCACCUUCAAUUCAAAAGCAUUUGUGGAGUUGGUGGCUCGAUUGAAGAACAAACACAAUACAGUGAAAGCGCCAUCAUUCGACCACAAACUUAAAGACCCCGUCGAGGACGACAUUGAGAUUAACUCGGCCAUCGAGAUUGUCAUUAUAGAGGGUAACUACACGUCGUUAAAAGAUGCCGAGUGGAAUGAAAUCAGCACACUAGUCAACGAUACCUGGUUUAUCUCAACUCCUGAGUCGAUUGUCAGGUCUCGUAUAAUAAAGCGUCACUUGGAGGCGGGGAUAGCUCAAAAUGAACAAGAGGCGAUAGAUCGAGCAGAUGGCAGUGAUUUACAAAACGCUAGAUAUAUUAUUGAAAACUCCAAAACAACAAAUGUUCUUAUACUUGCUGAAUAA